GCAGCAAGAGCGACAAGAACGCUUCUUCAGUGAAACCCCCCCCCAACCACAACUACAGCAAAGCAAACGAUGGACGCCAAGCAGACCGCGCUCAAGAUCAGCUACAAGGGCGAGCUGCACCGCCUGCGCGUGGACCUGGCCUCGUUCUCGCUGGAAGCGCUGACCGCGCUCUUCGCCGAGACGUUCAACCUGGCGCCGCACGCCUUCGUGGUGCAGUACACGGACGCCGAGGGCGACGUGCUCAACGUGACGUCGCAGGCCGAGUACGAGGAGGCCUGCCGCGUGUUCCAGGCCGGCGCGGAGGGCGACGCGUCGCUGCGCUUCGAGGCCGUGAGCCGCACGGCCGUCGCCUUCCAGGAGAACGUGGCGGACCCGAUCCUCAAGGCCAUCGAGAAGCUCGUGGAGACGCUGAACGUGGCCAUGGAGAAGGUCAAACACGAGCAGUGGGCCGAGAAGGCGCAGCAGACGGCGCAGACGGGCCUCAGCCACACGAACGAGGCGCUCAAGACGGUGGCGCACGACGCGCGCGAGUCGCUGCACGCGGCGCGCCAGAGCAUCCAGGAGAUCCCCUUCGACCAGCUCAUGAAGGAGACCACGGAGGGCAUCAAGUGCGCCGCCGAGGGCAUCAGCGAGUUCGCCAAGGAGGUCGUGGGCGAGAUCAAGAACAUGAAGAUGCCCGCCGCCACCCAGACGGAGGUCGUCCCCGCCCCGGAGGUGCAGCAGCAGACGGAGGCUGUGGCCGUCGCUGUGCCGGUGGAGGAGCCCGCUGAGGCUCCUGUUGCCGCCACCAGCGACAGCGAGUGGGAGCAGGUGACGGAGCAGGAGCAGGCCCCUGCUGCUGUUGCUGUGGAGGAGUCGCCCGUUGUGGUGGAGACCCCCGCUGCGCCCGUCGUGACGGAGGAGGAGCUCAAGUGGUCGGCGGAGCUGUCGAUGGUGCGCGACAUCUUCCCGGGCGUGGAGACGGCCAUCGUCAUUGACCGUCUGGAGCAGUGCAACGGCAACGUGCAGGUGGUGCUCAACGCUCUGAUGGAGGAGAUGUAAGCUGGAUUAAAAGGGAGGCAGUCGGCUCUUUCGACGUAGAAAGAGACAUUGAAGCCUCGACACGUGCUUCUUUUGAGUGCCGAAGCGACUAAGCAGAGCCAAGAGGAGGGUAGGAUAUAUGACGGAAGAAAUUCUCCUUGCCUUCGACGCGGACUCGCAUUUACGCCAAUAUAUUUACAUUUCCCCAGAU